CUCUCACGCUCAAGAGGUGGAGCCUCGGUUUCAAUUUCUCAGAGUCGGUAUAAAGCAGAGAAAGACAGAAAGCGGGUGCGAGAGAAGGAAAGGAACGAGAUACCCCAAAACCGCAGGGUCCGGUUCAGCUCCAUUACUAAACACAGCUGCAGGCGGCCUGUCAGAUAAAGAACGGCAUCUUUGGGGGGAAAAACUGGGGAGGGAACUUCCCAAAACAUAAGCAAAGAUGAAACAUUUGAUGCUCUUAUCGGUCUUUCUUCUGCUCGCCGGUGUCCUAGGGUCCGCUGAGAAUCUGCCGAGGCUGAAGCUCACAGUUAAAGACGCUGUCGGGUUUCACUUCCCUGACCCAGAGAAUCACACCACGUUCUUUCAGGAGCUGGGGGCCGACUCGCUCUACGUGGGCGGGAGGGACGUGGUCUACGUCCUGCAGUUCACGGAGUCCGACGUGAAAACCACUCAGAUUCCAGUGACUGUAAAUGAAAAAGCAAAGAAUACCUGUCUCUCCAAGUUGAACGUACCGCAGUCAGAGUGUGAGAACUUCAUCACAGUGAUUCACAAAGUGAACAGCAGCCUCCUGAUCUGUGGGACAAACGCCGGCGCCCCCAAGUGUUGGUUAUUGGUCAAUGGGACGGAACUGACUGACAGUACCGCCAGCGGCCUCCAGGUGGUGCCAGCUGACAUCUCACCACCCUUCCCCUCACAGCGCGUAGCCUCUCUCUCUGCAGAGGGAAGUCUCUACUCUGCUUUGUCCGCGGCGGGACAGUUCAAUGGCUCACUCCGCCGGACCUACAGCCACAGGAAGCUGCUCAAGAAUGAAGACAGGUGGCUGCAGAAUCCGCAGUUUGCCGGGUCUGCCCUGGUCCCAGGCAAUGAGAAGCACAAGGAAGAGGUUUACUUCUUCUUCAGCGAGCUCAACAAGACAGCCAGCGUCGACGAAGAGCCUUACCGUGCCAGAAUAGGACGAGUGUGCAUGGUGGAUGAAGGAGGAAGCCGGAAUGUUCCCCCGGAUUCCUGGACCACAUUCCUGAAGGCGCGGGUGAUGUGCGGGGUCCCCUCCAAGCCCCAGCAGUUCAAUCAGCUCCGAGAGGCAUAUGUGUUGACGGGUGAGAGGGGCACUGAAGGAUUGCUCUACGGCAUCUUUUCAAACGCAUGGAACACCACUGUGGUCUGUGUUUACUCCAUUGAAGAAGUCAAUCGGGUCUUUCAGACCUCCAAACUGAAGGGCUACAGCAACACUCUGCCUGCACAGCGACCUGGAACGUGCCUUUUUAAGAACGCAACCAACAGUCUGCCGUGGAAAAUGUUAGGGGUCAUUCGGGACCACCCAGAAAUGGAGGACUUGAUCUAUCCGCUGGGUCAACGGCCGCUGGACCUGCCGACCGCUGACCGCUACACCAGGACUGUAGCCUCCAGCGCGCAAGGGGUUAACGAGGUGGUCUACAGCGUGCUGUACCUGGGCACAGAAUCAGGGAAGGUGCUGAAAGUGCUGCACAGCGGCGAGGAGGCCUUCAUCAUCUCUCAGUACAGACUCUUCAGAGACGAGGCUGCUGUCACUGCCAUGGCUAUCGACAACAGCACGGGCCACCUCUAUGUCGGAACCUCUCUGGAAGUGCGAAGGAUCCCAUUGGCUGACUGUGGUCGCUACGGUGAUACCUGCAGGGCGUGUGUCCUCUCGCGUGACCCGUACUGCGGCUGGGAUUUGACCAAUCAGAAGUGUUCCCCCAUCCCGCGGGGUUACAACGCCAGUGAUGGUGAUUUGUUCCAGAAUCUGGACUAUUUCAACGCCUCCAUGUGUGGCAAUGGAGCAGCUGAGCUCCAGCCUCGGAGAACCAUCCCCAGAGAAGUGAUCCUGGAUUCGGACAGCCCCAUCCUGCUCCCCUGCCCCGUGCGCUCCCAUCACGCGGUCUACACCUGGGAGAAAGACGACUGCAUCAAGAGCUACACCUGCCCGGCCACCGGGGAGUCCUGCCUCCUUGUCUCCACCGAGGGGCUCCCCAUGGGCCCGGGCGUCUUCCGUUGCUACGCGCUGGAGGACGGAGUCAGAGAGGAGAUAGUGUCUUACAGGCUGGUCUUCAGCAGCGCCCCCCUGUGGGCGCCGUCUGCAGCACUGGCUGCGUUCUGUGUAGCUCUGGGCUCCGGUCUGAUGUAGGUUGGGGGAGAAGCAAGGUGUGAUGUGGGUGUGACACAGGGAUGGGGGAUAAGGCUCCCGUUGCAUAGCAGUUUGAUCCCUUCCUGGUUUUAUUAAGGGUUUAAUAAGCUAAUUAAACCCCUAAUAAAACCUGAGCUUGUUGCUAAAUUAUAUAUAUAUAUAUAUAUAUAUAUAUAUAUAUAUAUAUAUAUAUAUAUAUA